AACCUCAAUAAUUUGAGGUUAGACGCGGUUGAAGCUUUCUUGCUCUCUAGACAUCUCUAUAGAGUAGAGGAAACGAUCAUCAGGUUGUGUAAUUGAAUUGUAUAUAUCGAGUUGUAUAUUAAAUCGUGUUGUAUUUAGCAAUUGCGUUGCAAUUGCAUGGAAGGAUUCGAAAAAUGGCUGAGAUAGAUAUUUUUGACAAUGAAGAACAAUUGCCGCAAGACCUGGGCGACGAUGUCGUCCAGGAAGUCCUCAAGACUGGCACCGACUUGCGCGAGUAUUCCAGACAGAUCGAGAAGGAGCUCAAGGAAGUUGAGAACAAGUCGAUUCAAGAUUACAUCAAGGAGAGCGAGAAUAUAGCUAGUCUACACAAUCAAAUCGCUGCUUGUGAUAAUAUCUUGGAGAAAAUGGAGUCAAUGUUGAUGAAUUUCCAGUCAGUUCUAGGAAAUAUAAGUUCCGAGAUAAUUUCUUUGCAACGCAAGUCUGUUGCUAUGAGUCAACAGCUGUCCAAUAGACAAAUAAUACGAGGUCCACUUAGUCAAUUUAUUGAAGACAUGACGGUGUCUGAGGCUUUGAUUUCUGGUAUUAUGGAGUGUCCAGUAACUGAAAAGGAAUUUUUGAUUCACCUGCAAACUCUUAAUCACAAAAUCAAUUUUGUGAAAGAACAAAGUUUUAAGGAGGCCAAGUCUUGUUUAGAUGUGAAGGAUAUAUUAGAGAAGCUGAAAGUAAAAGCAAUGGCAAAGAUUAGGACGUAUUUGCUAGAACAAACUUAUAAAUUUAGGAAGCCAAUGACGAAUUAUCAAGUACCGCAAAACAACAUGUUAAAAUACAAAUUUUUCUUUGAAUUUAUUUUGGCAAACGAGAGAAACGUGGCUGAGGAAAUUUGCGGAGAGUACAUUGACACUAUGAGUAAAAUAUGUUACUCGUAUUUCAAGUCUUAUUCAUCAAGGUUGAUGAAAUUACAGUUUGAAGAGAGAGCGACAAAGGAUGAUUUAAUGGGAGUCGAAGAUACAGCAAGCAGAGGUCUUUUUCAUAAAACAACGUUAAAGCACAAAGGUACUGUCUUUUCUAUAGAUACAAGGGGUCAGGUUUUGACUUCUCAAUUGGAAACACCUAUAAUUGUCCCACACACAGCUUCUAAAACACGAUAUCAUUAUGAAGCUCUGUUCAGAAGUGAACAAUAUGCUUUGGUUGAUAAUGCUUGCAGAGAAUAUCUAUUCCUAAUAGAAUUUUUCAAGGUCCGUAAUGUACAGGCAUUAGAUAUUUUCAAUCAGGUUAUGGGGAAAACGUUAAAUCUUAUGAUAAAGAACUUGCAAUCAUUUGUUGAAGAUUGUUAUGAUACAAUUGCUCUAUUUCUCUGCCUACAUUUAGUGAUGCGUUAUCAAUUAAUAUGUCAUAAAAGAGCUGUGCCAGCAUUGGAUAAAUACUGGGAGACUUUAACUGGCACAAUUUGGCCUAGAUUUGAAUUUGUGUUUCAAUUAAAUAUAAAUAGUGUAAAAGACUGUGACCCGUCAAAAUUCAAUAAAGAGACUGGUCCACAUUAUAUUACCAGAAGAUACGCGGAGUUUAGCGCCGCAAUUGUAAGUGUAGUCGAAGGUUUUCCUUGUGAGGGAACAACUCAAUUAUUGGCAGAGCUGAGAGAAGCUGUACAAUGUUUCCUGUUAAGAAUGGCAUCUAUUUUCCCAAGUCGAACGCAGCAAUUAGUAUUUCUUAUCAAUAAUUAUGAUCUAGUCCUCAGAGUAUUAAUGGAAAGGACACGAGAAACCUCGAAGGAAGCAGAGAGCUUUCGGGAACUAUUAAACGCGCGUUCUUCCGAAUUUAUCGAAGAAGUUUUGAGUCCACACUUUGGUAGUAUAAUCCAGUUGGUGAAGGAAGCAGAGGCUCUGAGCGAAAAGGGUCAAAUAGACGAUUUGAAACGACAGGAGAGCAAAGUGUUGGCUCUAGUGCAAUCUUUUACGAACAAUUGGAAGCGAGCGUUAGAAGAAAUAAAUCGAGAAGUGUUGCAAUCGUUUCCCAGCCUGGUGCUUGGCAGCACACUAGUGCAAGGUGCAAUGACGCAGUUGAUACAAUAUUAUAAUCGUCUUCAUAAGAUCUUGCCAACAAAUGCGCGCACGCAACUUACGAACAUCCAUCAUAUAAUGGUAGAAAUUAAGAAGUAUAAGACAAAUUAUUAGGCAAUUUUCUGAAGAAAUUAAUUACUGAAGACAAAUCCCCAAUUACCGGCAAUCAUUGAUUAUUUUCUAUAGAAGAAUCACUUAUAUUAUUGUAUAUAGAAAUUAACUGUUGCAGGGACUUCAAAUUCUAGUGAUUACAAUUAUAUAUUAAAGAUAUAUGUAAAUUUUGUUUUAUU